AAAGAAAGAAAGAAAGAAAGAAAAAGGGAACAGGUGAAAAAAGAGAAAGAUAUGGAGGGAGGAGUCUGACAGCCUUAGCACCUCAGUCAAGCGAAUGCCUUUCUUUCAAGGGCGGUGUGUGUGUGCUCACGGGCGGUAUGUGUGUGUGCGUGUGUGUGUGGGUAAAUCUCUGCAGACAGUGGCACCCUGUGUUAAUCCUGACAGAACAAAGCAAGCGGCUCCCCAUGACGGUGAGGAUAGCAGCUCCACUGGAACAAAAGGUUGUCUGUCGGUGGUGUAUAUCUACUCCACUGCACAAUGACACUUACAUCUGUCUAGAUUCUAGACACACACACGCUUCUGCUGCUGCUGUUGGUCUCGGCCAGGUAGUAUGAUAAACACCUGCUGUGUUUUAGUUGAUGUGAUGUUCCAGGCCCUAUGGGAAUGUGACGGAAGAAAAUCUUAAUCCUUAAUAGUCUAUUAGCUAUGUUGUCUAACAUUAGCUAAUAGCUAAUAACAAUGUAGGCUGUGUAUAGCGGUUUGCGGUUAUGAUAUGAAGGUUUGGCUUGGAAAGUUUUUUUUCGCCUGGUCACAUACAGCUGAUGUGUUGUGCACUGAAGUCCACAAGCGAAUGUAAAAGCCAGGAGAGGAAUGCCCCAGACUGUGUUCCCAGCAGCAGGCACCAUGUUCACCCCCAGUGGCUUCAGCCCCCACCUGGCCUCCACCUGCUCUGAGGCUGACCCUGAGGAGGAGGAAGGCCCCCAGGAGGCCAGAGGACCUGGGGCUUGCGUGGCCGACGGACCCCCCAUUACCUCCGCCUCUCUGGACACUCUCAUCCAGCACCUGGUGCCCACCGCAGACUACUACCCAGAGAAAGCCUAUGUGUUUACGUUCCUGCUGAGUGCUCGUCUGUUCAUCUCUCCCCCUGAGCUGCUGGCCAGACUCUGUGACACCUGCAUCAAACAACAGCAGUUGGACCAGAGUCCACUGGACACGGCUAAAGUGAGGAAGUUUGGUCCCAAGAUCCUGCAGCUGCUGACUGAGUGGACAGAGACAUUCCCCACAGACUUCAGAGAGGAGAAGAUGGUGGGCCUUUUCAAAGAUAUCAUCCACAGGAUAGCACCCUGUGAUGAGGCAUAUUGGAAGACACUGAACCAGGUUUUGCAGACGCUGAACCAGAAGCUGGCAGCCAUCGCCCAGGGAGAGGAGAGCAUUGUCAAAGUGAAUGCCUCCUCAGUCUCCUCAAUCUCAGACAAGCUGGUGGGCUUCAAGACCAAGCCUCCACCUAUUCAGAAGGAUAUACUGUCUAUCUGCAACGACCCAUACACACUGGCACAGCAACUCACCCAUGUGGAACUGGAACAUCUCAGUUAUAUCGGUCCUGAGGAGUUUGUCCAAGCCUUUGUUCAGAAAGACCCACUAGAUAGCACUCAGCAGCCGUGUUUCAGUGAGCAGAAGAAGAAGACCACUAACCUGGAGGCUUACGUCAGGUGGUUCAACAGGCUGUGCUACCUGGUAGCUACUGAGAUCUGUAUGCCUGCUAAGAAGAAACAGAGAGCCCAGGUGAUUGAGUUCUUCAUCGACGUGGCCAGAGAGUGCUUCAACAUUGGCAAUUUCAACUCCCUCAUGGCCAUCAUCUCUGGUAUGAAUAUGAGUCCUGUGUCUCGGUUGAAGAAGACGUGGGGUAAAGCCAAGACUGCCAAGUUCUUCAUCCUGGAGCAUCAGAUGGACCCUACUGGAAACUUCUACAACUACAGAACAGCACUUAGGGGAGCCGUCCACAGGUCCCAGACUGCUAAUAGCAUCAGGGAGAAGAUUGUGAUUCCCUUCUUCAGCCUACUGAUCAAAGACAUCUACUUCCUGAAUGAGGGAUGUGCCAACCGCCUGCCCAAUGGCCAUGUGCAUUUUGCGAAAUUUGUGGAAUUGGCUCGCCAGGUGGGAGAGUUUAUGACGUGGAAACAGAUAGAGUGUCCGUUUGAGACAGACAGGAGCAUCCUCCACUACCUCCACACUGCUCCCAUCUUCAGUGAGGACGGCCUCUACCUGGCAUCCUAUGAGAGUGAGAGCCCAGAGAACCAGGUGGAGAAGGACAGAUGGAAAGCACUCAGGUCUAAUAUUCUGGUGAAGACAAAAGAGCUAAAAGAGCACCAUGGCAGCUAACCCUCAGGCCAGCCCAGCGUGGGAGGGAGUGUACUCAUUGCACUAAAACAAACUGUGAAGGAGCCUAGCUGGUACCGAGGUGUUUUUCUACACAUGAAGAAUAGAAGUGAUGAAACAAUAAUGAUGAACAGGAUUCAUCAACAUCAUGACCAGUAAAAACACAUGGAAGAACAAAGGUCAACAAGCAGUGAAAAGUGAAGCUACUGUAUGGACACUGGGGGAGUAUAAUGUCAUUACCUUUGGUUUGACUUUUGUACAUGGGGUACAUAAGGGAUAGAACAAUCCCGCAAACUUGGUGUUUAUUUACUCUUUAUCAUCUUUCUUUUUCUCCCUCUCUCUUUCUUUGUCUCUCCCUCUUCCUUUCUUUCUUUCUCAUCUUUCUUUCUCUUCCCCUCUCUCAUCUUUCUUUCUCUCCAAAGCCUUGUGUAAGUUUUCUAUUGUACUGUUAGAAUCCUGUAAAAGUAAGAGUAACUAUGAUGUGAAGGGCGCUGGCUUGCCCACUUAGCUGCCGGACUGUGUUUGGUCCUCUACUACUGAAGACUACUACUAAAGACUACAACUGAAGACUACUACUAAAGACUACUACUAAAGACUACUACUAAAGACUACUACUAAAGACUACUACUAAAGACUACUACUAAAGACUACUACUAAAGACUACUACUAAAGACUACUACUAAAGACUACUACUAAAGACUACUACUAAAGACUACUACUAAAGACUACUACUAAAGACUACUUCUAAAGACAACUUCUAAAGACUACUAUCGAUGACUUCUACUAAAGACUACUUCUAAAGACUAGUAUUGAUGACUUUUACUAAAGACUAGUAUUGAUGACUUUUACUAAAGACUAGUAUUGAUGACUUUUACCAAAGACUAGUAUUGAUGACUUCUACUAAAGACUACUUCUAAAGACUAGUAUUGAUGACUUUUACUAAAGACUACUUCUAAAGACUACUAUUGAUGACUUCUACUAAAGACUACUUCUAAAGACUAGUAUUGAUGACUUCUACUAAAGACUACUUCUAAAGACUAGUAUUGAUGACUUCUACUAAAGACUAGUAUUGAUGACUUCUACUAAAGACUAGUGUUGAUGACUUUUACUAAAGACUACUUCUAAAGACUAGUAUUGAUGACUUUUACUAAAGACUACUUCUAAAGACUAGUAUUGAUGACUUCUACUAAAGACUAGUAUUGAUGACUUCUACUAAAGACUACUUCUAAAGACUAGUAUUGAUGACUUUUACUAAAGACUACUUCUAAAGACUAGUAUUGAUGACUUCUACUAAAGACUAGUAUUGAUGACUUCUACUAAAGACUACUUCUAAAGGCUAGUAUUGAUGACUUUUACUAAAGACUAGUAUUGAUGACUUUUACUAAAGACUAGUAUUGAUGACUUUUACCAAAGACUAGUAUUGAUGACUUCUUCUAAAGACUAGUAUUGAUGACUUUUACUAAAGACUACUUCUAAAGACUAGUAUUGAUGACUUCUACUAAAGACUACUUCUAAAGACUAGUAUUGAUGACUUCUACUAAAGACUACUUCUAAAGACUAGUAUUGAUGACUUCUACUAAAGACUAGUAUUGAUGACUUCUACUAAAGACUACUUCUAAAGACUAGUAUUGAUGACUUUUACUAAAGACUAGUAUUGAUGACUUUUACUAAAGACUAGUAUUGAUGACUUUUACCAAAGACUAGUAUUGAUGACUUCUACUAAAGACUACUUCUAAAGACUAGUAUUGAUGACUUUUACUAAAGACUACUUCUAAAGACUAGUAUUGAUGACUUCUACUAAAGACUAGUAUUGAUGACUUCUACUAAAGACUAGUAUUGAUGACUUCUACUAAAGACUAGUAUUGAUGACUUUUACUAAAGACUACUUCUAAAGACUAGUAUUAAAGACUUCUACUAAAGACUAGUAUUGAUGACUUUUACUAAAGACUACUUUUAAAGACUACUAUUGAUAACUUUCACUAAAGACUAGUAUUGAUGACUUCUACUAAAGACUACUAUUGAUGACUUUCACUAAAGACUAGUAUUGAUGACUUCUACUAAAGACUAGUAUUGAUGACUUCUACUAAAGACUAGUAUUGAUGACUUUUACUAAAGACUACUUCUAAAGACUAGUAUUGAUGACCUACUAAAGACUACUUCUAAAGACUACUAUUGAUGACUUCUACUAAAGACUACUAUUGAUGACUUCUACUAAAGACUACUUCUAAAGACUACUAUUGAUGACGACAACUACUAAUGACUACUACUGACUACUACUGAGUACCAGGAACCACUGGAGAGACAUCCUGCAUUAUAUCAUUCCACAUACAUAAAUACAUGGACUGUGUAGUGUGUGUGUGUGUGUGUGUGUGUGUGUGUGUGUGUGUGUGUGUGUGUGUGUGUGUGUGUGUGUGUGUGUGUACGUGCGUGCGUGCGUGCGUGUGUGUGAGCGUUUGCGUGUGUGCAUGGUCUCAGUUGAGGGGCUUAUUUGUAUUAAAAUGUAAAUCUCUCAUCCUCAGUGGAGAGACUGUUGUUGAAACCAUGAAACCAGGGUAUUUUCAUCUCCAUGUCUGAAUCUAGUCUACCUGUACAUUGUAGGUGUGGAGGGCUGGAGAUAUCAGCGGUGUCUACUCCUAUGCGAAAAUGGAUUGUGCCAUGAAAACGACAGCAAAACAAUCAAUCAUGGCAAGAGCCAGGCCUGUGUAUAGAUUGUGUAUAAAGGACUACUUUUCCCAUGUACCCCCUGACAUCUUUCUGCUCUCCAGGAAGAAGUCUCUCUCUGACUGAUGUUCAGUUGUCUGAUAUUUAUGGUUUUGUUAUGCUUUUAUUUUAUUCCUCUAUUGAAAAUGAAGUCUUCUAAAUGUCAUGCAAAAGACAGUGUUUUAAAUGGGCAUUAUAUGUAGGGUUCCACCACUGAAAUACUGGAGGUGUUUUAGGCCAUUGGAAUAUGAGCUAAAUGAACAAAUGGAUACUUUCCCCAAUAACAUCUGCCAUUGUCUUUCUACUGUUGGAGAGGGAACGUUGUGCCAGUUUGUCACUACUAGUUGUUACGAUUAUCCAGGUUCUUUUAACUUGAAACUUGCUGUUGUUUAUGACUUUGUUGUCCUGUGGGAUAGUCACAUGUUGUGAUCCCUUGGGGGUGAUCAUAAAGGCGGAAUAUGGUGGGGGAGGGAUGUGUGUUAUUCCAUGUUUUUAAGAGACAGUUUGAUUCAAUUUUAUAUGAUUGAUGUUCAAGUGAUGCACUCGUAGCCCUGUCCUUCUUCUAACAACAGGCUGGUUUUCUCUCUUUCUCUCGCUCUCUCUCUCUCUCUCUCUCUCUCUCUUCUCUGUAACACAGAGAAGACAGGUACAUUCCCCUAAACACUUUCCCUGCCCAGUUACCUACACCCAUGCCAUGCCACACUGUCUUGUAGGAUCAGGAGGCAUCCAAGGUAACAGUUUUCAGUGCAGUGUUUUCAGUGAAGAGUGUUUGCGUGUGUGACACCCUGAAGCAGGCAGAUCAUUGAUACUUUUUUGUUUACUGGCCAGUUUACAGGAUUCUGGCCCGAUCGAUAGCAAAUUGAAAAGAGGCCGACUUAAAUAAAUGGCUUUUAAUAAAAUG